GCCUGUCUGUCUGUCUCUGCCGACCUGACCGACCGACCGACCGUGACCUCUCUCCAUCACUUUCCAACCAAGCCAGUUGGACGCGAAGGCUUGUGCAUCGAAAAAAUCACCACUCUCCCCUGCGACUCAUUGAGGCCAUCAGGAAACCGCCGACAAAAAACGGGACCACUCAAUCCCCGGCGCAUCCCACUCGCACCCGGCCGCCACCCCCAACGCGCCGCCCGCGAUUGCCAUUCCGGCUUUUUUCCUUCAUCUUGUCCGACCUUCCUUCCCUUCAGUUCAGUAGGGCCAGAGGUUCAAGGGAGGGCCUGCCUCUAGUCUAUACACUACUACAGUCUCCAGUGCACUCACUACCAGUCUACCCUCUGAUUUUGCCGCCCCCGACCGUCCGCUUCUCUCCCCCCCACUGCCCACUCUACCAGCACCAACCUGGUUUUGGCUCUGGCCUUUUGGCGUGGCGUGCAACUGGGACUCUCUUAACAAUUCCUGCUCUACGGUCGCAGAGUCUAUCAACCACCGACAAUUUACGCAGCCACUCAAUACUGGAAUAUCAGAUUCCACUUUCCACGGCAGCCAACCCACCACCACCACCACCACCAUCCUUCGGCAAGACGAUCAUCGGAUCCAGAUAGUCUUUUAGCACCACGGCAACGGGACCAACGGUUGUGGACUGGACCAUUUUCCGGACCAUCUCGCUUCAGCCAUCUCGUCCAACAACGACGGCUGAACCACAGCACAGGUUGAUAACCGCUGCCCUCGACGCUCGGUGAAGCCACCCUUGCUCGUCGCACACACCUCGACGACGCGAACCGACGACUGUCCACCGCGCAUCGUCUAUCCGUCGUCCGGACUUUUGCAUACCACCCAGACAGACAUUGCCGCAGCUUUGCAUUCUUGCCUUUCCAUUACCCAGUAAUUGCAGUCCAUCCCUAGGACACAGCUUGUCACUCGCUGCUCUUUUUUUUAUUUUUUCUUUGCCUGACGACACGUCCUGGUCACGUCCACCAGGGUGUUUUCGCGACGCACCCCACUGCGACUAUCAUCGUCUAUGGAUAUGCGCCGACAGUGACAUCUGCCGGCAGCCAUUGAAUUCACUUCUCCCGACGGUCUCGAUAGCCUCGAUAACGCCUUUACUUUCCUACUCCCACCAUGGCGGGUGUCCAAAUGCCUGCUGCCGUUGCGCAGCACCCGCAAAUGGUCAUGGCUGCCAACAUGAGCGGCCAGCAGAUUCAGGAAGUCUAUGCGCGCUACCAGCAAUUGAAGAAGCAGGGCGUCCCUCAAAACGAUCCCGAGUUUAUGAAGCUCCACAACAUCAUCCUGGCCGUAUCCCGCAGACAGCAGCAACAACAGCAGCAACAGCAGAUGCAACGACAACAACAACAACAGCAACAGCAACAACAACAGCAGAUGGCAGGCGGUGCCGUUAACGGAGGUCAGCCUGGCCGUGCCCCCGGACCCCAGCAGACAGACGGUGUCUCUGGAGCUCAGAUUCCAAAGACGCCUGCUGCUAAGCCUGUCGGUAUGCCAACUGGCCAGCCACAAGGAGGUGUUCCCUACACAAAGGCUCAGAUUCAGUUGCUCAAGGAUCAAAUAAAGGCUUUCCAAGCGCUAAGUCGGAACCAGGGCGUCCCAGCUGCCCUUCAAAAACAACUUUACGAGUUCAGGGCUCGGCGCAACUCUGCUCAGGUUGCGCAAGCGGUAUCCAAUGCGUCUGCUGCUCAGACUAACUCCAGUACACCAACCCAAGACACCCCCAAGACCGGCAGCUCCAACGGUCAGGAGGAGGCUGAUUCAACACCAAAGGCGCGUGAGCUCAAGACAGUCAAGCUGCCACUAGAAGCCGGACUGGUCAAAAACAGCAUCAACUACCUCGAGCAUGGGCGCCGCAAGAAUCGCCUUAUCAUCCCUGGCAUUUUUCCCACGGGUGUCGAUUUCGAGCAGUUGAGAGCAGACCGUGAGAAGAUUGUGUUCAAUCGCAUGAGCGCCCGCUAUGCCGAGCUCAAGAGCCUCCCGGGUAACCUGGCGCAUUGGGACACAAGUAAAGAUGAAGUCGUCGCCGAUGACACGGCUAAGCGCAAGGCCAUUAUCGAGAUGAAGAAGCUGGCUUUGUACUCCAAACAGCGAGCGCUGAGGGAUAAGGUCGGGAAACAAAUGCUACACUAUGAUAACCUUGCGAUGACGACAAAUAGGACAAUGUACCGCCGCAUGAAGAAGCAGAGUGUUAGGGAAGCCCGGGUUACCGAGAAGCUUGAGAAGCAGCAACGUGACGCGCGCGAGAAUAGAGAACGCAAGAAGCACGUCGAGUUUCUGCAAGCGGUUCAAAACCACAAGGUGGAGAUACAAAACGUCGCCUCAAUUCAGCGUAACAAGCUACAGAAGAUGGGUCGUCUCAUGUAUGCGCAUCACUUCAACAUCGAGAAAGAGGAGCAAAAGAGGGUGGAAAGGACGGCCAAGCAGCGUCUGCAGGCCCUCAAGGCCAACGACGAAGAAGCUUAUCUCAAGCUGCUCGACCAGGCCAAGGAUACUCGUAUUACUCACCUUCUCCGCCAGACUGACGGUUUCCUUCAUCAGCUCGCCUCAUCGGUUCGUGCACAACAGCGCGAGGCCGCCGAGCGUUAUGGCGACGAUUUGCAAAACAUCCCAGAAGAGGAGAGCGAUGUGGACGAGGACGAAGAAAGUAGCCGGAAGAUCGACUACUAUGCCGUUGCGCACAGAAUCAAGGAAGAGGUCACAGAACAAGCCAGUAUUCUGGUCGGUGGCACUCUCAAGGAGUACCAGCUCAAGGGUCUGCAGUGGAUGUUGUCGCUCUACAACAACAACCUCAACGGUAUCUUGGCCGACGAAAUGGGUCUCGGAAAGACUAUUCAGACAAUCAGUUUGGUCACAUAUCUCAUCGAGAAAAAGCAGCAGAAUGGACCGUACCUGGUUAUUGUUCCGCUCAGUACGCUCACCAACUGGAACCUUGAAUUCGAUAAGUGGGCGCCAUCCGUUGCCAAGAUCGUCUACAAAGGUCCUCCCAACACCCGCAAGCUGCAGCAGGAGAAGAUCCGCCGUGGGGAAUUCCAGGUCUUGCUUACGACAUACGAGUACAUCAUCAAGGAUCGCCCGCUGUUGAGCAAGAUCAAGUGGUUCCACAUGAUCAUUGAUGAAGGACAUCGUAUGAAGAACGCUAACUCGAAGCUGAGCGCCACCAUCCAGCAAUUCUACAGCACCCGAUUCCGCUUAAUUCUCACGGGUACUCCCUUGCAAAACAACCUUGCCGAGCUGUGGUCCAUGCUCAACUUCGUCCUGCCGAACAUCUUCAAAUCAGCCAAGACCUUUGAUGAAUGGUUCAACACUCCUUUCGCCAACACGGGUGGGCAGGACAAGAUGGAACUCACAGAAGAAGAGCAGAUUCUCGUCAUUCGUCGUCUGCACAAAGUGCUGCGGCCAUUCUUGCUGCGUCGUCUCAAAAAGGAUGUCGAAAAGGAUCUGCCAGACAAGACAGAAAAGGUUAUCAAGUGCAAGUUUUCGGCCCUGCAGCAACGUCUGUACAAGCAAAUGGUUACCCACCAAAAGAUUCUUGUCAGCGACGGAAAGGGAGGCAAGACUGGUGCCCGUGGUUUGAGCAAUAUGAUCAUGCAGCUCCGCAAGCUCUGCAACCAUCCAUUUGUGUUUGACGAAGUCGAGAACCAAAUGAACCCGACCAACACCAGCAACGACCUGCUGUGGAGAACAGCCGGUAAGUUUGAGCUUCUGGACCGUGUGCUGCCCAAGUAUAAGGCAACGGGCCAUCGUGUCCUGAUGUUCUUCCAAAUGACCGCUAUUAUGGACAUUAUGGAGGAUUUCCUCAGGUUCCGUGGCAUUCAGUACCUCCGUCUUGACGGUACAACCAAGGCGGAGGACCGUUCCGAGCUCUUGAGGCUCUUCAACGCCCCUGACUCACCUUACUUCAUGUUCCUUCUCUCUACCCGUGCCGGUGGUUUGGGUCUCAACUUGCAGACUGCCGAUACAGUCAUCAUUUACGAUUCGGAUUGGAACCCUCAUCAGGAUUUGCAGGCUCAGGAUCGUGCUCACCGUAUCGGUCAGAAGAACGAAGUGCGUAUCCUGCGUCUCAUCAGUUCGGCCUCGGUUGAAGAAAAGAUCUUGGAACGUGCCAGAUUCAAGCUCGAUAUGGACGGCAAAGUUAUUCAAGCCGGUCGUUUCGAUAACAAAUCGUCCGAAACCGAUCGUGAUGCCAUGCUCAGGACUUUGCUUGAGACGGCAGACAUGGCGGAGGUUGGUGAGCAGGAAGAGAUGGAUGACGAGGAACUCAACAUGAUUUUGGCCCGUAACGAAGAUGAGUUGGUCACGUUCCAGCAGCUUGACGAUGAAAGAGCUCGCGAUCCGCUCUAUGGUACGGCGCCGGGAUGUAAGGGUAUCCCUCGCCUCAUGGCUGAGAAGGAACUGCCUGAUAUCUACCUUCAAGAAGGCAAUCCGAUUGAGGAAGAAGAAGCGGUCUCUCUCGGUCGUGGAGCUCGUGAGCGCACAAAGGUCAAGUACGACGAUGGUCUUACAGAAGAGCAGUGGCUCAUGGCAGUUGACGAUGACGAUGAUUCGCCGGAGGCUGCGGCGGCCCGCAAGGCGGCACGUAAGGAACGCCGUGAACAAAACAGGCUCAAGAAGAUGGCAAUCCUCAACAAUGCUUCCGGUUCCGUGGAUGCCUCACCAAGUGUAAGUCGGGCUAGUACUGAGGAGGUGGAGGUCGCCCCGCCGACGCCCAAAAAGCGUGGUCGUAAGCCUGGCAGCAAGAAUCUCGAAAAGCGCCCUAGGGAGGAUGGUGAUGAUGAACCUCCUGUCACCAAGAAGCGUCGCGGACCUGGUGGCCGGCCCAAGGCGGUGUCGAACGGAGACAGUCGCAUGUCAGCAGAAAUGCGCACUAAGCUGCAGCAGAGCAUGAGGCGGAUCUUUGAUGGGUUGAUGAACCUUGAAGUGGAGGAUGAUGAGCCUGCCGAGCAGCUAGAUGGUGACAAGGACGAAGACGAAGGCCCACCCACCAGGCUGAUCAUUGGUCCUUUCGUCAAGCUGCCGCCUAAGCGUGAAUGGCCGGAUUACUACCUCAUGAUUACGAACCCGAUUUGCAUGAAGGACAUCGAAAAGAAGAUGAAGAAGGAGGACUACCACUCACUUUCGGAUAUGCGGAAAGAUUUGGAGUUGUUGGUGAGGAACUGCAGGACGUUCAACGAGGAGACAUCCAUGAUUUGCAUAGAUGCAAACAGGAUAGAGGCUCACUUCAAGGAUCAAUUCGAGAAGGAGCUGAACGAUCACCCCGAACUCCGCACCCUCGAGGACCCCUCCUCCUCAACCUUCUCCGUCGGAGCAUCCUCAACAAAGGACGGCUCAGUCGCCCCAUCCACCAUCACCAACUUCACUGAGACUCCGCAACCAUCGUCGGCACCUCCCGUGCUAGCGCCAGCACCGACCCAACCGACCAGGAUCAAGCUCGUGUCCAGUUCAACGUCUUACAACAACGCCGCUUCCUCGUCCAGCGCAAUGACAUCAGCCGUGAACAGCAUGAGCGUCAGCCAGGUGAUGAACGGUACCAGCGCGGCGGACAGCGAAGCCGGAGAUGAAGAUUAGCGGGCUUAUCAGCGUCAUCGCCAGCGUCAGCGUGAGUUGCGGUCUCGUGUGGAGAGCAGUAGUAGUAGCCAUUUCGAUGAUAGCGGUGAUGAUGAUUACCGAUCGGAAGAAGAAUAAACAGGUGUUCAGCAUCAGUGGAGGAAGGGCAUGAAGUGGUGGGUGAAUGGGAGUAAACAAAGCAGUAGACUACAGGUAGUGGUCACUACCUACGUAGUAGUCCUUGUAUACAUAACCUACGAUACGAAACUCCCCGUGCGGACGGACGGACGGACGGACAUAAAUAUGGUACGGCAUGACAUGGCAAGAAAAGAGAAUUAUUAAACUUAAAGCAGAAAGCGAAGAUGAAAGGAGAAAGAUGAAAGACGUGGUACGUAUGACAUUCAGGUUUUCGGCUUAUUCGGUUGUGUUUCGGUAACAGGAUGGAUGGAUGGAUGGAUGGGGUUGAAUGGAUUUUAGGUAUCAUGGCAUUGACAUAGGAUACUACUAUACUAAAGACGUUAUGUUAUGCCCUAUGGUUUUGACUUGAUGCCUUGGUUGACUGGCUGAAUAAUGUUGAGAGGCAACCGUGAGUUUAUCAGUUAGUAUGUAUGGAGCAAUUCGUUAUAACACAACCUCGACGGCCUGCCUUCCUUCUUGGUCUUACC